ACAACACAAUCUUGAUUCCUAGUCCAAAUAGAAAAUGAAAAAAACCCCAACCUCUAUGUCAUUUUUUCAAAUUAUUCUCUUUUCUUGUUUUUUUCUCCAACUCACACAGUCCUCUACUCAAACGAAUGAUGCAGUUCUUGAUGAUCUGGUGGAUGACAUAUGCAAGAAGACGCCAAACUUUGACCUAUGCAGCUCAACAAUACAUUCCAAUCCUCAAGCAGCCAAAAGUGAUGCAAAUGGUAUAGCAGUCAUUAUGAUUAAUGGCAUUCUACAAAGUGUUACUAACACAUUGAGCUUUAUACAAGGUCUUGUUAAAGAAACCAAAGAUCUUGAAUUGCAAAGAAAGUAUGCUAUUUGUGCUGAGACAUAUAUUCCAUUAGAGAAAACCGUUCUUCCACAAGCAGUUGAUGGAAUAAACAAGAAAAAAAACUAUGGACUUGCCAUUUACUCUAUGGGUUAUACUGGAAAGGAAAUUGAUUCUUGCAACAAGCAAUUCUCAAAUGCUUCACCUUUAGGUGAUAAGACUAAUAAUUUACAUAAAUUGCUUGAUAUUGGUUCAGCCAUUUUAAAACUAUUAUUAAAAGGGUGAUAAUUUUAUUUAUUUAUUCUUAUUCAAUAAAUUAAAUAAAUAGUUGUUUUUGAA